CCUCUCUUCUGGAAUGAAAUCCCUCCCUCUCUCUCUCUCUCUCCCCCCUUAACCCCAGCCUCGCUUUGCUCGUGGGAGCUUCUCUGCUUUCCCCUGCUGCUUGCUCUCUCCCUCCCUCCCCCGCUCGCCGCUACUCCUCUCCCUCGCUGCUGCCCCAUCGCUAUGCCCGGAAUUCGAACCCUAGCCUGAACUCGAGCGCGAGCGCGAGCACGAUCCCUUUGGUUGCCAUGGAUCGCCCGCCGCAUCUCGACAUCGACCUCAACGAGGAGCCCUCGCCGCCGCCCUCGCCGCCGCCGCCGCCGGUUCCCCUGCUGCCUCCCCCGCGCGAGGUUCCUCCCCCCAUUUUUGCUCUCCCCCCUACCCCGCCGCCGCCGCCGCCACCCCCGCUCCCGCUAUGGCCCGUGCCUGCCGCCAUCGCCCAGGAACAGCUGCGGUUCAUGCACGAGCGCGAGGCUCGUGAACUGGCGGUGAUGUACCACCAGGCGGAAUUGGCGAGGGCUGCUGCUGGUAGAGCCAUUGCGGUGCCGCCGUUCCCUCACCCGGGGCCGGGGGAGGCCGGCUGGGGGAACCCCCCGGGGCCGUGCGCGGUCUGCGGCAAGCCCGAGACACCAUGGGAAACCAUUAUCUGUGACGCCUGCGACCGUGCGUUCCACCAAUCCUGCGUCCGCGUCUGGGGUCCGCCGGUCGGGACCCAGCCUCUGCCGCCGCCGCCGCCUGCAACCCCUGGCGUGCGUCGCCCCGCAGUGACAAUGAACGAGGACUGGAUGUGCCCACAGUGUGAGAGGAAUGGCAAGCGCUCCGAACGCUGGAAGCUUGGACCCGUGCGGCUCGACAUCAAUGCUGCCCCACCUCCCUGGACGGAGGAUGCUGCCCCAACUCACUGGACGGAGGGUCCUGUCCUCACCAGAGGAAUUGAUCCUGAUGGAGCUCAUUUGACUGAGUUGCCACAUUUUGAGGGCCUUCACUUAAAGAAUACAACUCUUUAUGACGCGAAUCAGUUUAUGCCAGCAUUUGGUUUUAGCAUGAGACAACCAUUGGCUUCCACGGACCGAGACUUUGUUGCCGAUGGAAAUGUAGCACAAAGUUCAAAUCAUAUACGCAGAAGGAGAAGAGAUUUUCCACAAGCAUCAACUUUUCCCAUGUUUGCUGAGAAGCACGAGUUUGGAAGUGCUAACAUUUUUAUGGAUCCAUCGGUUUUUACUAAAGCAACCGAGCCGAGUCCUAGUGAAGACAGAAAUGCACCAAUGGCUCCAAAAUUUCUAUUGGAAAGUAAUAACCGCCGAUUAAAUCAUUGCACUGUUGGCCUACCAGUUCAAUAUCAAGAUUUCUUUAUUACUAGCUUGGGGGAAAUUGAUAAACGGGCAAGCUACCACAAUCAACACCAGAUAUGGCCAGUGGGUUUUACAUCUUACUGGCAUGAUAGAGUUACUGGCUCACUGUUUGAGUGUGAGGUGCAAGAUGGAGGGAGUUUUGGACCUUUGUUUAAGGUGAGAAGAUUACCAUGUUCGGUGUUCCCACUACCAGAAGCAUCAACCAUUCUAUCUCAAAAUGGUGCAAGAAAGGCCGAUACAUCUGAAACGAAGGAAAGUAGUAGUUUCAUUGGAGAUGCUGCUUACUAUAUGGAUGAUAAUAUAUCAAGUCUCCUAUCAGAUCCCUCUGAGACCAAUCAAUAUUACUUAUCAUUUCUAGCAAAUGAUAUGGUGGGUAAAAGGACCUCUUUGAAUUGCAAUGAUGGACAUAGUUCAAAUAUGACGGCACCAAUACUACCUUCACAUUCUGAUAAUGUUAGUUUGGCACCAAGUAAAGAAGCCAAUAUUCAUGACAGAAUUGGUGACUUUACAUUUGAGGGAACAUCAUCUUCCUCAGUAUGGAGGAUGAUUUCUUGUGCUAUGAUGGAAGCUUGUGAAAAAAUGUACAAGGAACAUGGCCAUUUGAUGUUCUUGUGCUCACAUAGCAGUGAAAAUCAUUCAUUAAACAAAGGGAGUGGAUGUCAGAACUUUGAUGGUCCUUGCGCUCCCUUAACUAGAUUUUGUUCAUCCAAUGGGCCCACUAUACCACGACUUAUAGAGAAGAAGAAUGAUGUGGAAUCUUCUUGUACAUUACUGAAAGAAUGGUUAUACCAAGACAGAAUUGGGCUUGAUCUGGAUUUUGUGCAAGAAAUUUUGGAAUCUCUUCCUGGAUCCUUGGCUUGUUUAAACUAUCAGUUCUUAUGUGAUAGGGCUAAAUCUGUCUCUUGUGUUACGGUUGCAAGUGGUUCACUUGUGGCUGUGCACAAGGAUGGUCAAAGUAAUGGAGAUACCAUGUCAUAUGGUAGACAUGGAUCUGCGGUGACUGGGCUACAGGAUCAUGUUCAGCCUAGUGGUUCUAGCAUCCGUGAGCUACCUCCAGGACAUCUUAUUAGCUGUAAGCUUUCACCAGAGUUGGCGGGAGAUGUUUUCCAGAUAUGGGAAUUCCUGGGGCGCUUCGCUGAAAUAAUUGGCCUCAAAGAAGUUCCUUCAUAUGAGCAAUUAGAAGACGAACUUAUUGACCCAUGGCCAAUUUGUGCAAAUCAGAAUGAAUUAUUGUCAAAUGCUGAAACGGGUCUGACCAAUAAUGAAGAGAUUGUGUCUGUAUUUAUUCCUGUUGAAACAUCCUCUAUGAAGGAAGCUGAUCAAGAUAAAUUGGCAGCCCAAACACUUGGGAGAUACAGUGGUGUAGUAUUGCCUGGGGUCCACCUUACACUCUUUAAGGUUCUUUUUGGGGAGCUAUUAUCAAAGGUUGCGAUUUUUGUAGACCCAAACAUCGAUCCCAAAGAAUCAAAGCCCAGACGCGGAAGAAAGAGGGACACUGAGAGUCUCAAUUCAGCAAAAGAAUUAAACUUUGAUAUGCUGACUGCUAACAAGCUGACAUGGCCAGAGUUGGCCAGAAGGUAUCUAUUAGCUGUUUCUUCCAUAAGUGGAUGCAUGGAUUUGUCUGAUAUUUCCAGCAGAGAAGGAGUGAAGUUGUUUCGCUGCCUACAAGGUGAUGGUGGUAUCCUGUGCGGAGCACUACCUGGGGUUGCUGGCAUGGAGAAGGAUGCCUCGCUGCUUGUGGAGGCGGAGAGUUUGAUAUGCAAUUCUUCAUCAAAUGAAGGAAACAAGGUUUUUAUGAUGGAUUACAAGGAUACUGAUAUGAUAGAUUCUGCUGAGGUCCCUGUUGCUGAUAAUAAAAAAUUGCCAGAUUGGGCAGAACCGCUGGAGCCUGUGAGAAAAUUACCAACAAAUGUGGGAACAAGAAUUAGAAAGUGUGUUUAUGAAGCUUUGGAGAGAAAACCUCCGGAAUGGGCAAGGAAAAUUUUGGAGCAAUCAAUAAGUAAAGAGGUCUACAAGGGUAAUGCUUCCGGACCUACCAAGAAAGCUGUUUUAUCCGUGUUGGCACAGGCAUGUCGUGUGAUUGUGCCACAAAAUCCCGAAAACUCACGGAAAGAAAAAAAAUCUAUAUCCAUCUCAGAUGCUAUCUUGAGAAAGUGUCGUAUUGCCCUGCGACGUGCUAUUUCCUCAGAUGAAUCUAAGUUUUUUGGAAAUUUGCUUGGAACUACUCUAAUGAAUUCUAAUGAGAACGAGGAUGAGGGGAUCCUUGGAUUUCCUGGCAUGGUGUCUCGCCCUUUGGACUUCCGCACAAUUGAUAUAAGGCUGGCUGUGGGUGCUUACUGUGGAUCUUGGGAGACUUUUCAUGAGGAUGUGCAAGAAGUAAUCCGCAAUCUGCACACCGCAUUUGGUGAUCGACCUGAUGUACUGGACAUGGUUGUUUCAUUGUCUCAGGGUUUUGAAUCAUUAUAUAAGACAGAGGUGCUCGACAUUGUACAGAAAUUUGAUUUUUACCUGUCUAAUGGAAAUGCUGGUUCAGAAAUCCACGAUGAGCUACAUGAUAUUCUGAGUGCGGCAACCAAUUUACCCAAAGCUCCAUGGGAGGAUGGUGUUUGCAAAGUAUGUGGCAUUGAUAGGGACGAUGAUAGUGUUCUGCUUUGUGAUAAAUGUGACUCAGAAUACCAUACUUACUGCUUGAAUCCACCACUAGCUCGUAUACCACAAGGAAAUUGGUACUGUCCUUCAUGUAUGUCAGGUCAAAAGAAAUCACAUCUUGAUCAGGGUGUUAAGGAUUUGAAACGACAACAAAAGAAGCAUGUUGGAGAGGAAUUUCAUGCCUUUCAUGAGGUACUCAGUAAGUUAGCUGCAGCAAUGGAAGAGAAGGAGUACUGGGAGCUUAGCAUAUAUGAGAGAAUAGAUUUGCUCAAAUUUCUUUGUGAUGAAAUGCUCAACACAGCUCUAAUUAGAGAACAUCUAGAUCAAUGUCCAGAUAAGUUGAGUGAUCUCCAGCAGAAGUUCCGUGCUUUGAAUUUUGAAUUGAAAGAUUUGAAACAUAAAGAAGAAAUAAGGACUUCAUAUGCUAGACAAAGCAGAAUUAGCAAAAUUGAACAGCACCUAAGCAAUAGUUCCGGACUUGUGCAAAAUAAACAGAAUGAUGUGCCCACUGUAUCAGGCCAUCUUGAAGAGGCUGAAGUGAACCUGAACCGCCCAGCUGAAGGUGCUCCUCCUGGGCAAUUGAAUGUAGACAAACCUUGCAGCAGUGGCAAUGACAUGUCUACGAUUGAAGAAUAUAAAUCUUUGGGACAUUCUGGGCAACCAUCAGAGACAGUUAGUGACUGGAUUGAAGGGGGCACCAUUGAUGAACGGUCCCAAAGUUGCGAGAAGAGGUUACUAGAUGGUACAAUCAGUACGUGUGAAAACUUAAAUUUGAGAGGAACUCCUAUUGCAGAAAGAGCACCAGUAGCUCCACCUCUGAUUCCUGGAGGGGAGUUACCUGACGAAAAUGCUAGCACAUCAUUCCAAGAUAAUCUGAAAACAUCAUCAGCUAGAUCACUUGAGCGCGAUGCUGAUAAUGAUGAAAUGGAUAGUUUAUCUGAUGAUGUUUCAAAAUUGCAGGAUUCAGUUAGCAUAGUGGAGUCACAGCUUAAUAUGGCAUCUCUCAGAAGAGAUUGUCUCGGAAAAGAUUCUUUGGGUCGACUGUACUGGGUUUUAGGAAGACCUGGUAAACGUCCUUUGCUGAUUGCUGAUGGAAGCAUGCUUAUACGCAAGGAGAGAAACAUUAGCAUGGUUAACAACUACGAUGCGUCUCUUUUUCAUAAAGGUUGGAAUUCAGCAUCUAUCUUUAUUUAUGAAUCUGAUGAAGAAAUUCGGUAUCUUGUUGACUGGUUAAAGGACUAUGAUCCUAGGGACAAGGAACUGAAAGAUGCUAUCCUUCAGUGGCAAAGACAUCAUAAUCACCAAGGUGGUUAUCUCCGUGAUCCUCCAGUGUCCAUAUUGUCAAAGAAUGAGCAGCUUAUGGACCUUCCAAGUACCAAGGCUGCAGUAGUUUUGGAGCAGAAGUAUGGUUUGCAAUUGGACCAGGACACAAGUAAUCUCUCGAGAAGGCGAGGAAGGAAGACAAACAUAGGUUCUGAAGAAAGAACAUACCGCUGCGACUGUUUAGAACCUGUAUGGCCUUCUCGACACCACUGUUUAACAUGUCAUGAGACCUAUUUCACAUCAUCGGAGUAUGAAGGGCAUAAUUCUGGAAAAUGCAAUAGAAACAGUCAUUCUCCUAGUGAAAGCAAAGAAAAUGAUGAGCUAAAAGUGAAGAGUGCCAAGUCUGAUAUCAAGGAAAAAGAUUCCCUUGACCGUAGCUCUGCCAUUGAGUCAUCUAGUAGCAGAAAGUUGAACUCAUGCCCAUAUGACUUUGAAGAGAUUUGCAGAAAGUUUGUCACAAAUGAUUCAAACAAGGAGAUAGUGAAGGAUAUCGGACUUAUUGGAUCAAAUGGAGUUCCUUCUUUUGUCCCUUCACCUGCAUUUUUUCUUGAACCUGCAAUUAUUCUGAAUAAAGACAAAAAAGAUGUCCCAGAUGAUUGGACUUCCUCCCUAGAGGAAUGCCAGUCAAUGUCCGCACAACAGUUAGGGCAGGAAGAGUCCAAGUCUGGUCAAAAUUGUCCUGAUAAUACUUGCGAUGAAAAUGUGCCAAAAUCUAGGAAGCCCACCCCUGAUAGUACUUGUGAGGCAUCAUCUUCCGUAACACACAAGCCAACAAGUUUGUUGGCUGUUAAUGGAGGCUUGGUUCCAGAGUCAUCAUUGAGGCCUGUUGUAGGAAAAAACUCUCAUAUCCUAAAGCAGCAAAAGAUAAAUUUGCUUGAUAUAGAUGCAGCAUUGCCUGAGGAAGCUUUAAGAGCCUCAAAGUCUCAACAAAUAAAAAGACGGUCAUGGCGCACUUUUGUCAAGGAUGCAGAAUCAAUAUGCGAGAUGGUAUUGGCCACCAGCUUGUUGGAGAGUAUGAUACGAACUGAGUUCCUGAAGAACGACUGGUGGUACUGGUCCUCCUUCACAGUUGCUAUGAAGACUUCAACUGUAUCUUCGCUCGCACUCAGGAUCUACACCCUUGAUGACUGCAUCAUCUACGCCAAGGAUCCAAACGUUGAGCCAGCCGACAAUACAAAAGUCAUAAACAGGGGGAAGAGGAGGAAAGAGCCAGAACCAUCGGCGUCGUAAUCUCUGACGCUCUGUUGUAUACUCCAGAUUUAGAAGUUCUGCUAGCGCAGCAACAUUGUUGCACUGCCGUCCAAUAUUUAGAUGAUAGAGUCUUUGGUUAUGUGGUACCUUCAGAUAGUGGGUAGCUUUGAUUCUGGUGUCCCUGUAAGGGUGCAACCGUGACCGUUCAUUUUAAUAAGUCAUUAUACAGACUAUCGUAGUUUGCCUUAGAUCUUUCAUUUACUAAAGGGCUAGCCGGCCUACGAUGAUUGGUAAUGCAUCGCCAUUUUCUCUGGAAAUGGACGCUGCCAUGUAAGCUGUUUGAUGGAUGGCAGCGGCAAGAGCUGGCGUUUAAUCUUUUACGCCAGGCGCUACUGCGGGCGUAGUUUGACUUUUGGGCUAAUCUGUUUUGGCUUUCGAGGCCACAGAUGAGGUUUAGCCGUGUGCCCGUGUAGUAGGUCUGAGAGCAUAUACAGCAGUCUGUAAGUGCCGCCUAGGAUUUGAUCAGAGAAAAACAAGAGAAGGAACGAAGAGGGAGUGUGUGUCCAAGUUUUUCUUUUGUAGACAGCUUAUUUUUUCAUAGCUGACUACUCCUAGAUUAUUAGAGUUGUCUGUAAGUGACAUGGAGAAGUCGAGCUCCAAAGAGCGUGCUGAAACCGUUGUACUCCUACAUGGCAAGGUAUCGUACCAUUUCUAUGUACCGGGUAUGGGGUGGGUGUUACGCUGUAUGCAAAAGUACAUAUCGUUUGGUUUUGACAUCGCA